AUGAACGUCGUGCGCGAGAUCUCCCGCAUCAACCAAACCGAACUCGACAUCGCCAUCAAAACCCCCUCCGCCUCCUGGCACCAACAGUACGCCGAUUCCGCCUACAUCUUCAUCGGCGGUCUCCCCUACGAUCUCACCGAAGGCGAUGUCAUCACCAUCUUCUCCCAGUACGGCGAGAUCGUCGACGUCAACCUACCCCGUGCCAACAACCCCAAACAGGAUGAUCGAGCCGAAUCGUCGUCCUCGUCGCAACAGAAACAGCCGGUGUCAGGCAAAGGGAAGCAUCGAGGGUUUGGGUUUUUGAUGUACGAAGAUCAGAGGUCGACGGUGUUGGCGGUGGACAAUUUGAAUGGAGCGCAGGUGUUGGGUAGGACAUUGAGGGUGGAUCACGUGUCGGGGUACAAGCAGCCCAAGGUGGUGGAUGACGAGGGGAAUAAGGUGGACGCCGAUGUCAAGAGUUUCAAUGCUGCGCCCGUCGAGACGGGGCUUUCUGCAACAGAGGAAGCGGAAGCAGAUUUGGAAGACCCCAUGGCCGCGUACAUUCAGCGACAGAGGCGUGACGAGAGCAGCUCAAGCAGACACGACGACGAGCACGAACGGGAGGAAAAGAGACGUAGGAAGGAGGAACGCGCUAGGAUUCGUGCUGAGAGGGAGGAGAGACGCAGAGCUGCUUCAGAGUCGGAUCGUCAUAAAUACGGGAGAAGCCAUCGCGAUGAUCGCGAGCGCAAGCACCAUCGCUCGAGUCGCAGGGACCACGAAGAGGAAGAGGAAGGCGUCAACCGCUACGAACGGAUGAAAAAGUCCCGCAGCGUACUGGAUGCAGAUCGGUUGUCCUCACGGUCUCGUUCACGUUCACGGUCGCGGUCACCACAACGUUCGACUCGUCACCGAGAAGACCGCAGCAGACGGGACGACGACAGGGACACCACGCACAGCCAUCACCGUCGACGACGCGACGAGCACAGAACGCAGCCGUCCACUUCGUCUUCAGAUCCACAUCGUCGAACCGGCACGAGUCGACGUCGAUCUCGUUCUCCGCUGUGA